AUGUUAAGAAGGUACCUGUUCUCAGCAAUGAUCCAGAGGGCCCUGCUGGCCCCGAUGGUUUGGAUCCUGGUCACUUUGCUGGAUGGAAAGAUCUUCAUUUGUGCCUUCAGUGUUAGUGUAGACCCUGGACUCUUCUCUGGCAUGCCCAAUAAUACAGAUCUGGAUGUGAUCAAAAUCAUGGCCAAAGUGCCCUGCAAGGAGGAUGUUAUCUUCAGGAACAGCUCUUUCCGCAAAGCAGUGUCUCGUUACGUUCGCUGCUAUUCACAAGCUGUUGGCUGGUCCAUCCUUCUCUUCCUGAUUGUGCUGGGAACACUGGGACGCCUCAUCAAGCCCUGUUUCGACGACCACGCCACCUUCCUGCAGACACGCUACUGGAGCAACUACCUGGACGUGGAGCAGAAGCUCUUCGACGAAACCUGCGUCCUGCAUGCUCGUGACUUCGCCCGCAAGUGUGUGGUGCUGUUCUUUGAGGACAUGAGGGAAGACACUGUGCUCCGUCUUCCCCACCCGCCCUACAUCACGAACUCUAGAGAGCAGUGGGAGGAUGAGGAAGAGGAGAGGCUUCAUGGGAUAUCAAAGCAGGAGCAGUUGGACCAGCUGCUCUGCAAGUGGUACUACAGUAAACCUGAACUGGAUGUCACCAGGAUAGCCCACAGACCCAGGACGUGUGUUACCUGGGAGGACCAGGACGGGAAGACUUUAUACUCAGAUGUCUAGGUUGAAUCAUGUUAUGAUCCGUUCACUUAUAUUAAGGAAUAGCAACAAUGUAGGUUUACUUCAGUUUAGCCAAAACCAGACUGAUGUCUUAGCUCCAAGGUCCACUUACUAAUGACUAAGAGUUCUCUACUGCAUAUUCAUUCAGCAGA